CCUCGAGCACCCUCUCACGCUGUAUUCAACGCAUCCCAAGGGACGAUGGCCGAGUCCAAGCCAGCGAGCAUGUUUAGCCUCAUCCAGCGCAUCAGCGGGGCGGGCGAUGGCGCGGGCAGUGACGACGAAGACGGGCAACGCAACAACGACGACGACGACGAUGAUGGCGAUGACGAUGACGAUAAUGAUGACGACGACGAGGACGACGACAACGAAGAAGACAAGCUCGCCUUUAUUGAGCAGAACCCGCCGCUGGCCGCGAUCCUCGACAAGUGGUGGCAGAGCUGCCUCACACUGCUCGAUGGCGACCGCAACGGCACGAUCGAGCGCGGCGAGUAUGUCAACUUGUACAAACGGCUCAUCUUUGGCACGUCGCGCAUGUAUGGGAAGAAGGCCAAGCUCAGCGACGACAUUGACGCGCUCAUCGAGACUGGCAACGCGACAGCGGCGGCUUGA